UAAUCUUCACUGAGUGAUCGGUGUCGAAUGCGAAUCAGUUCGUCAGUAGCCGCUCCCUUGGAAGGUUCGCUCGUCAAAAAUGUUCGCAUUAGUGGAGUUCGAUGAUUCAUCCCUAUAUUUAUGCAAAUUGAAAGACGUUACAACUAGAGACGAAAAGAGUGUCGUGCGCUACAAAGGAAGCCGAUAUGCUGUAAAAGUAAUAGAAGUCAACGAACAAAAAAGUCAAAAUGCUGGACAUGAAUCGCUCGCACCAAUAUCCGAUACGACGGAUUACGGGACAACCAAUUCUCUGACCAAAUGUAAUGAUGAGACGCAUCAAUUACAUGUGCUUAACACAAAUACGGUAAAUGAGCUAUCAAUUGCAAAUUCAAGAAGAAAAUCAGAAAACGAGCAUAUGAGUAACGAAAAUAAAGGACUCGCCAGAGAUACUGCGAAAGCAGUUCAGGCUGUUAUGAAUACAGAACAAAAAAGUCAAAAUGCUGGACAUGAAUCGCUCGCACCAAUAUCCGAUACGACGGAUUACGGGACAGUUAAUUCUCUGACCAAAUGUAAUGAUGAGACGCAGCAAUUACAUGUGCUUAGCACAAAUCCUGUAAACGAACUAGCAAUUGCAAAUUCAAGAAGAAAAUCAGAAAACGAGCGUAUGAGUAACGAAAAUGAAGUACUCGCCAGAGAUACUGCGAAAGGAGUUCAGACAGUUACAAAUACAGAACAAAAAAGUCAAAAUGCUGGACAUGAAUCGCUCGCACCAAUAUCCGAUACGACGGAUUACGGGACAACCAAUUCUCUGACCGAAUGUAAUGAUGAGACACAUCAAUUACAUGUGCUUAGCACAAAUACGGAGAUGAAUGUAUCGCUGUCUUCUACGGCAGAAAUGCUUAUGGCUGCAAACGAUUCCAUUUGGGACAAUGAUUUCUUGAGUAACGAAUAUAAAACAGAAGAAUUAUCGGCUGUAGCGUCGAAAAAUACAACUCCUCCAUGGGGAAAUGCUUCGGUUACCAUUUCUGCACAUGAAAGACAAGCACAAACGGAACACGAUACAUCGGAGAAUACAUUGAACAAUAUAUUGAAGCGCCCUAAGAUACUAAACAACACCGCUGCAGAUGAUAACAGAAGUGAGGCUUCACCGGAACGACAGGAUGACUUUUCCGACGAAUCAUAUGUUCCAGAUUCCGACGAUGAAUCCGACGAAGAUAAUGAAAUGGAUAAUUCUCUACAAGACAAGACAAAUACAACAAACAAUACGACAGCUAAUUCAUGCCAGUCCUUCGACGCACUGAACAAUUCGGAUGCCCUUUCCAAAAUUAAUGUCGUCGGCCAUAGUGCACCAAAUGAUGAAAAUAUGUUCGUUCUAGCUGUUGAGACGGGAUUGAAAAAGGAUUAUUGUCUUUAUUGCAAUACUCUUCAAGCCAAGCUUAGCCGACAUGUCAUACGAAAACAUCGAAAUGAGAAAGAUGUGAAAGAGCUAUUGAACUAUGCUAGAGGUUCUAAAGAACGGAAGAAAAUGAUGGCGAAAAUUCGAAAGAAAGGGCACUUCAGUUUUAACACAAAUCCAACACUGAAUACCGGAGAGCGAAAAGUUGUUCGUCGGUCGAGUGCGAGAUAUGGAAAAAAAGCGACUGACUACGCGACGUGUCCGAAAUGUCUCGGUGAUUAUGCCAAAUCAAAUAUACGCCACCACGUCAGCAUGCAGUGUUCAAAGCGGCAGGAUAAACGCAGAGACAUCAUUCUUGGUUCGAAACAAAUAACCGGCCGUAUUCAUAAAGAAGCCAGCAAUAUUCUUCGACAGCGCGUAUUUCCCUCACUGCAGGAGGAUGAAGUGGUGAAGUCGAUCCGGUACGAUGAGCUUGUCAUUUUAUUUGGAAAUAAGCUCUGUCAAAAAUAUAAAGACCCCCAUUUUUAUGACAUGAUACGACAGAAAUUACGACAACUUGGAAGGUUCUUAAUCGGGUGGGAUUUCGUCAGGAAAUUUCAUUCUGGAGAACAGAACGUGACCGAGAAAGAUUAUUACCGCAGUCUGGUAGUGUGCAUAAAUAAUGUUAAAGAUUGGGACGGAGGACGCAAGUUACGCGGACCACCAAAAAAGGCGACCCACGUUCAAAUUAUUGUUGGCCCUGACAAGGGCCGUUGGUUUGUCUUGUCUGACAAAAGAGGCUUAAAGAAGCUUGAUUUUCGGCUUCCUCGGAGACGCUCACCUAGCCUUCAGGCGCUAGAUGAUGGCGGUUGGCGAGACGGGCGUAGGUUGUUCGAGGUGGCCCCGUUUUUUCGGCGAGACGUCUAUGAUUUUCCGGGUCUUGGUGGUGUCCGCGUGAGUCCGUUGCGGCCGCGUGAUGAUGCGGGCCGUGGUUUGGAUUAUGUCUGGAUGGAUGGUGGUCUUGGCCGGAGUCCGUGCGGAAGUCUGGGAAGGCCGUUGGACUGGGCCGAGAAUCUCUUCAACCACCAGAUUGUUCUCGCUGGGAAGCUCGCUUUUUUCGGAUGGCUUCUACUCGCUCUUCGCAUCGGCGAUCUAAGCGUCGCAGGUAGGAGGCUGUUCUUCUUCAAGGCAUUGAUGGAGGUCCGUCCCGUACCGCUGUUGAAGUUGGAGUGA